ACGUUGUUUCAUUGUAAAGAAUCAGCCACAAGAAAAUGAGGCUUUGACUUUACCAAAUGCAAACACCAUCAGAAACGGGUGUCUGUCAGUGUUAGAGUCCAUACGUUUUGAUCCUCCUUCCUUACCGAACCUGUUCGCUCGCAUGUAAUACCCUUUUCUAGCUCUCUCUCUCUCUCUCUCUUUCUCUCUGUUUUGUUUUAAUCGGAAUCUUGGGUGAGAGAGAGUUCCAGGAGAAAAGGAAAAUGGAAAAGCAGAAGGCAAAGGAGAGUAAAGAAGAAGAAGAAGAAGAAAUGGAAUUCAAGGACUGUGAAGACGAAGAAGAAAAAGAAGACAAGAUAGAGAUAAGCGAUGAGAUAGAGCGAAGCAAAGUUGGCAUUAUGAGAGCUCUUGUCGAGAGAGAAGAUCCAUCUGCCAAGGAUGUUGAUGAUUUAAUGAUCCGGAGAUUCCUGCGAGCUCGUGAUUUAGAUAUAGAGAAAGCAUCUACCAUGUUCCUCAAGUACCUAAGCUGGAAGAGAACAUUUGUACCAAAGGGGUUCAUAUCUGAAUCCGAGAUUUCCACUCAGCUGGCUCAUAAUAAGCUCUGUAUGCAAGGUCUUGAUAAACAGGGGCGCCCUAUUGUUGUUGCCUUUGGGGGUAGACACAAACCCACCAAAGGAAAUCUGGAGGAGUUCAAACGCUUUGUUGUCUAUGGUUUAGAGAAAAUAUGUGCCAGAAUGCCAAAAGGACAGGAAAAGUUUGUGGGAAUUGGAGAUCUUGAAGGAUGGGGAUACUCUAAUAGUGACAUUCGUGCUUAUGUAGCUUCUCUAUCAAUCUUGCAGGAUUGCUAUCCAGAGAGGCUGGCCAAGUUAUUUAUUGUUAAUGUGCCUUACAUAUUCAUGACUGUCUGGAAGGUUGUUUACCCAUUCAUCGACAGCAGAACCAAGAAGAAGAUAGUUUUUGUUGAGAAGAAAAAGCUCAAGUCCAUUUUGCUUGGGGACAUUGAUGAUAACCAACUUCCAGAUAUAUAUGGAGGCAAACUGCCAUUGGUUGCUAUCCAGGACUGCUAACUUGACCAAUGUUUCUUAUUUCUGCACUGCAGCUUAUUAUAGGCAUGGAUGUGGAGGAAUAGACAACAAGGAGAUUUCAAAUCUAUAUUCUAUAUCAUCACCCUAUCCAGAUAGGGGCGCAUAAUCUUUUAUAAAACAUUAUUAAGAUUAUAGAUAUGUAAACUCUUGAAUCUUUAUGCAGUUUGAAAUAAAUAUAAA